UGAGAUUGACAGAGCCGCUCAAAAACAGCUCCGCUUCAAGUUAGCUUCAACAAUGCGAUAGUUAGACAGAUGAAGUCAACAAGUCUCGCUUACUUUUUAGUCUUGUCUUCAAUUAUAGACGCGCAUCGCUGAGGCGUGUGUCAGUGUAUGUGUGAGAGAGAAGUUAACCAUAUAUAUUUUUUUAGAGUUGUCAAGAUAUGUCAUUAGCCUGUAUCAACAACCUUUUUGUCAAGUGUGCUGUUGGACCAUUUAAGAGGAACACAUGAAUCGCAAAAUUGGUGCACAUGUUGCUCACUUGUUGCAUUUUAUUCGCAAAUUAAUAUCAGUGUGGAAGACUUCAUUCGUCAAGAUGGUAGAAAACGGAUCGCAAACGUGUGAAAUAGCCUAGUGACUGAGUGGAUGUGCAAGUUCCUUGCUAGGCUUCGUCACCACUCCGGACAGAGUGGCCCAUGGACCUGCGUACCCAGAGGUUGGUGCGUCCCGAGCCUGACUCGGUUAUGCUGGCACCCCACCACUCCCUCUUCCUGGGAGCCCAGGACUCCCAGAAGCACCUGCCACAGCACAUCCACUACGAGUACGACAUGGAGCAGAGUCGCCAGGAGAAAGAGCAGGACAAGAGACAGGAACUGCAGCAGCUGAUGUAUAAGGAUAAGAGUGAGCAAAGUGCUGUGGCCAGUCCCCUGGUGAAACAGAAACUCAGAAGCCAAAUCCUGAAGAGGACGGAGCAGGCCGCCCUGGAGACGACCGCCUCCAACCCCACCAGAAACACGCCCAGGAGUUACAGGGAACUGGCCCCAGAUCCUGACAUGCCCCCAAAGCCUCACAUGGUGACCCCUGUUGUCCAUCAUCCACCAUGUGACCAACGCAAGGACACACCCCUCAGAAGAACAGUCUGUUGUCCCCACUUGCUUCAAGAUGUCCACCAUUGUUCCUGUACCCAAGAAAGCGAAGCUUCUGAUCCCCUCCUGAAGGUGAGAAGUAAACUGAAGAAGCACAUCAACUCCAGGCAGAACCCUCUCCAACGCAAGACCAGCACCCCGCCCACAAUCAAGCCCAGAAUGCCGGAUACUCUGGACUCCUCCCCCAGCAGCAGUACAUGUAGCACUCCAGUGUCUGGGUGCAGCUCGCCCAAUGACAGCCUUCUCUCGGACAGCCCACUUACUACCGGACUAACCCACGUGGCUCAGAGGUUGCUACUCCAGGAUGGUACGCUGGCCCACUUCAUGGUGCCCUGCUCCACUGCCCUGCCGAGCAUCAGCACCGGGCUUCCUGGCCAUGGUGAUUGGGAAACGGGUAGUUAUCAGAGGGUGGCCAGGGUACUGCCCCAGGUCUACCUGCCCAUGGAGAGACACAGUGCUGCCCAUCAUCACCUCCAGCCCAUGUUCAUCCUGGAGCCCUCAGGACUGCUGCAUACACAGCUAGUCACUGUGCGAGGUCUGAACCCAGGCCUUAUCCAGUACCCCUCCUCCAGACUGGAAGCCCUGGCCACCUUGGGUCCCCACAGGCCCCUGGGUCGGACCCGGUCUGAGCCCCCACUGCCCUCUCACCAGCAGCACCAGCUACUGCAGCAGAACCACAAUCUGCUGCUGGAGAGACUCAAACAAAACACACACCUGGACCAGCCUCGUCUCACACAGAUCUCCUCGGAGGACAUGGACCCAGCGGAGAUCAGGUUAGGGGAGGAGGAUGGAUAUCAGAGAAGUAGACAGAGUGGAACCAGCAGCUCUGAGUCAAUGUGGGACACAGAGUAUACAUCCUCACGAGACAGCCAUGGGGAACAUAUCAGGAAAUGCACACCUCUGGUGAAUCAGUCAUUCCAUUGGGAGCAGUCCAGGCACCUUCAGGUCCUGACAGAAAGGCACAGACAGGUGACCUACCUGGACCCCCUGGGUGUGCCUGUGGUUCUUGGCCCUUCCCACCGCCCCCUUGGCCGUGCAAAGUCCUCCCCUGCCUCCACUUCUCUUCCCCCUCCUCCGCAGCCCACCGACACCCCGCUGUCUCUGGCCAGCACUGGUCCAGAGACCCCCACCAAGCUACGAUUCACCACUGGUCUGGUGUAUGACUCUCAGAUGCUAAAGCACCAGUGCACCUGUGGCGACAACAGCCUACACCCAGAGCAUGCUGGGAGAAUCCAGAGCAUCUGGUCCAGAUUGCAAGAAAGUGGCCUCAGGAACCAGUGUGAGUGUAUCCGUAGCAGGAAGGCCUCUCUGGAGGAGCUUCAGUCUGUACACUCCGAGAAGCACGUCCUGCUGUAUGGCACCAACCUACUCCAUCGUCUCAAACUGGACAACCGCAAGCUGGCUGGGAUCUUAUCUCAAAGGAUGUGUGUGAUGCUACGAUGUGGAGGAGUUGGGGUGGACAAUGAUACGAUCUGGAACGAGAUGCACACAUCAACGGCGUCUCGCUUGGCAGCAGGCAGCGUGACGGAGCUUGCACUCAGGGUGACACAGGGAGAGCUGAAAAAUGGCUUUGCAGUGGUGAGGCCCCCUGGACAUCAUGCAGCCCACUCUACCGCCUUGGGUUUCUGCUUCUUCAACUCCGUGGCCAUCGCAGCCAAGCAGCUCCAGCACAAACUCGGCGUCAGCAAGAUCCUCAUUGUGGACUGGGAUGUUCACCAUGGGAACGGUACACAGUCGGUCUUCUACAACGACCCCAGCGUGCUGUACAUCUCCCUGCAUCGCUAUGACAACGGCAAAUUCUUCCCCGGUAGCGGGGACCCAGCUGAGGUGGGAGUAGGAGCAGGUGAGGGCUUCAAUGUCAACGUGGCGUGGUCGGGAGGCUUGGACCCCCCCAUGGGCGACGCAGAAUACCUAGCAGCAUUCAGGACUGUGGUGAUGCCGAUUGCCUAUGAGUUCUGUCCUGACGUGGUGCUGGUCUCAUCUGGUUUCGAUGCCGUCGAGGGACAUCUGGCGCCACUGGGGGGCUACAAAGUGUCAGCCAAGUGUUUUGGUUUUCUAACACGGCAGCUGAUGGGGCUGGCAGGGGGACGGGUUGUCAUGGCGCUGGAGGGGGGUCACGAGCUCACGGCCAUCUGCAAUGCCUCUGAGGCCUGUGUCAGGGCCCUGCUGGGCAUCCAGGAACCCCUGUCUGAAGCAGUCCUAGAGAGGAGACCCUGUCCCAACGCUGUCCUCUCUCUGCAGAGAGUCAUCCAGGCCCAGGGUGAGUACUGGCGGUCAUUGAGGGUGGUGGCCCACACAGUGGAUCAGUCAUACAUGCAGGCCCAAGGACACAGUCUGAGACGUGGCUCAGAGGACCACAAUGACACCGUCUCUGCCCUGGCCUCUCUCUCCAUGGCCAGCCUCACCACAAACAGGACACAACCAGAUGAACUUAUGGAGGGGGACAGAGACUCCAUGUAGACAAGUGCACUUUCCAACAAACCUAACACACACACACACACACACACACACACACACACACACACACACACACACACACACACACACACACACACACACACACACACACACACACACACACACACACACACACACACACACACACACACACACACACACACACACACACACACACACACACACACACACACACAUCCACUCAGCCCUGCUUCACUUGACCAGAAUCCACUGUCUCCAGUUGACACUGUACAGACCAUAUCCUGACCACUAUAGGCAAACUGAGUAGCUUCCGCCUCACACACUCUUACACCUCAUCAGAACACAGUUCUACUGGCCUUACUACGACCACUCGCUUGAUUCGACCGCAGACUGAUACCACAUCCCAUUAACAGGGUACAGGAGGACCAAGAGAGAGGAGAAUGAACACUGUCUUCAUGACAUGCCUCUGCAUGCCUCCCUCGUGUGUAACAUUGUGAACUGUGAUGACACAGAAGGAGAGGAGUAGCAGACCUGAGCAUAAACUGGAGGGGGGAAAGAUAUACCAUUAUAAACACCACCGGGGGGGAGGGGUUGAGACUUGACUUGUAGCAUGAAGUGACUUGACAAAGACCAGCUACAUGACUGGCUGUAAGCAGAGUCUCUCUGGGGAAGUGAGCUUCUUGUUUAGCCUUCGGUUACAGGUUACCGCUGCACAUCGCCAGGCCGACAGAACCAAAUCACACAGAAGUAGGAAGUAGUCCCACGUCCCCACAGAAGUUACUAUGAAGGAGAACAGACAUCGCACCCUCACCGGGGGGACACUUAUCUCUUAUUGAUAAUGUCAUUUGAAUUUAUGUGACGCCAACAAAAUGAAGAAAAAGAAAGAAGACUGGGAAUUUUGUUCUGACUUUUUUUGCACUGUGUAUUUUGUAAUGUGAACCAAAGAGAGAAUGACAGAAUGGACCUGGGAUUGACAAUACAACAUGUAAAUUAUCAUACUCAUGUUUUUAAGCUGAUUUAAAUAUUGUAAGUUUGAUUUAUUGCGUAUUGUAUAUCAAAUGUCAAUACAUAAUGGUCAUGUUUUUUAAGUAGCAAAUAGAGAAGGCCUAGAACCCUGUGAUUCAGAGAUUUUCUAGUUGUUUUUCUUCCAAUGCAACAGUGGGGUGUAAGACCCUCUCAGACAGCACUUAAGGAAAAGAUGAAAAGGUAUUAUUUAUAUUUCAAGUUGAUGGCAUCCUCAUUCUUUGUCAUUCUAAUGAUAACAUUUAUUAGGAAAAGAAUCCAAUGACUCACUGUGACAAUUCAGGAAACCACUUGUUAGUGAGAGAGGAGUCAGAUUAAACAGAGUCCGAAUAAACGUUCCAAAGGUGUUUCAGGCAAGGACACACACACCGCCAUACGGUCCUUCUCUACGCUCGGCCACUCACAAAGUGUUUAUGCAUGUGUAUGUAAAUCACCGCAUUUACAUGUUGUCAGCAGGGUAUUUCAACGUAAUGAAAGUAAAAUACAACUAAUGUUGCUGGGUUCACGGCAGAUUAAUAACACAGUUGACCUGACUUCAUAGUCUUAAACUCUGACUGGCACUUAAAAGCUGUCUGUUGACUUCACGGGACUCAAACAAAACACAAAUGCACUUACAAUGUCUUAAAUGUUGGGAUUGUGUUUUAGUAAAAUGACACAUUUUUGACAUGUCUAUUCCACUCUGACAAUGCCUUUCUUAUUGCUGUUCUGUUGUGAUUUCACAAAGACCAGUUUUUUAACAUGUGGAUUUAUUGACAUGCCUGUUGUAUUUUGUAGGCUGUAUUUUUUUAAUGCUUAGUUUUCUACUAUGAAAGACAAGUGAACAAGGAUUUGUUCAUAUCAGAUUAUCUACCACUCGAUUUACAAAAAAAGUAAGUUAUUUUUGUUCCUGGACCAUACUGCAGUUAGCAUAUAACGUUUGAAGUUAGCACUUAGUUGUUGGAGUCAGCUUGUUAAGUUCUACAUACUAUAGUCAGUCAGCUUGUUAAGCUAGCUGACUAUAGUAUGUAGAACAAUUGAGCACAGUUUGAGAGAAGACCAAAGUUAAAACCCUUCUGUGAACAGCAUCCCAUUCGUAAAGUGGUAUGGCCUCUGAACAUAACUUCAAAGACUUUUGUGAAUUCCUCAUUGUUAUUUGUAUUUAAACAGAGGUUUUUGUUCUUAAUAUUAAACAAAUAAGGAUUAAAAAACUGCUUACAUUUAUUGUUAGCACUUUCCAUUAAAUAAUGAUUUAUUUGUUACCCAUGUAAUGUAGCAGUGCCUUGGUUAUGUAUCGUGUUAAAAAAAUGUAUAUUUAUCUCACAGUGCUACAGAUGAAUUUGUACUAUAAUGUUAUAUUGUUCCAGUACUUUUUGGUGCUUUAUGAUAUACAUUAUAGAACCAAUACUUUACAUGACAAGACCCUGCAAGAGGUAUAUGGUAUUUGACAUUGACAUGGUGAAAAGGUGAUAAUUGAUAAUGAAACAAUACAUUUGACUGAUUAUGUGGAACAAAAUGGCCACCAGGUAUUAUUCAUUUUCUUUCAGAAGGGUUCUGUGUUAUAUUUUAUCCUGGUUUAGGUUUAUUUCUGCUUUAACAGUGUUCUCAAAAGUACUUAAUUAUCUGUUUUCCUCAAUAAAAGGGAAAUAGAGUUCUCAGCAUA